AUGAACCGAGGCGGCCCCCGUAAAGUCCUUCUUCCUCCCAUCAACUUGAUAUUCAAAUUACUUCAACAACGCUCAACUGUCAUAGUAUGGCUGUACGAACAACUAGCAACUCGUAUCGAAGGAAAGAUCAGGGGAUUUGACGAAUUCAUGAACCUAGUGCUUGAUGAUGCAGUUGAAGUUCGGCAAGCUACGAAAACUAGCGAAGAAAGCAGAAGAUCUCUAGGCCAAAUUCUUCUGAAGGGUGAUAAUGUGUCACUUAUCCAAAGCUUAAAUGGAUAG